AGCGAGCGACAUGGCAUCUGCGUCCUCGCAACGUCAUUGGCUACUCGCCGUUCGACCAUCGGGUGUGUUUCCUGGAGUCGACGGCCACAUCGACGAACUUAUCUCAAGACAUCGGUGCAGAGAGGGUUGCCGUGUCUACAUGGGGAGGAUGGAACUGCGGGCGUUUUUAAUGUGCUUUGCACUCUGUGUGGUGUAUGCCACCAGCAAGCCCACCGAGAAGAAGGACCGCGUCCACCACGACGACCCGCUCAGCAACCGGGAGCAUGACGACGCGGAGAACUUUGACUACGACCACGAGGCUUUCUUGGGCCAGGAGGAGGCCAAGUCUUUCGAUCAGCUCACUCCUGAGGAGAGCAAGGAGCGACUCGGCAUGCUUGUGGAGCGCAUCGAUGAAGACAAGGAUGGUUUCGUGACAGAGGAGGAGAUGAAGAAGUGGAUCAAGCACGCGCAAAAGAGGUGGAUCUACGAGGACGUGGACCGCCAGUGGAAGACGCACGACCUUGAUCAAGACGGCAAGGUGUCAUGGGAGGAGUACAAGAACGCCACGUACGGAUACAUUCUCGAUGAACCCGAACCCGACGAUGACUUCAGCUACAGACAGAUGAUGGUGCGGGAUGAGAGGAGGUUCAAAAUGGCUGACCAGGACGGUGACCAGAAGGCCACCAAAGAAGAAUUCACCGCCUUCAUUCACCCCGAGGAGUUCGACCACAUGAAGGACAUCGUGGUGAUUGAAACGAUGGAAGACAUCGACAAGAAUGGAGAUGGCCUAAUUGACCUGGACGAGUACAUUGGUGAUAUGUACAACGAGGAAGGCACCACCGAGCCCGAAUGGGUGAAGACUGAGAGGGAGCAGUUCAGCGAGUUCCGGGACAAGAACAAAGAUGGCAAGAUGGACAGGGAUGAGACACGGGACUGGAUCUUGCCAAACGACUACGACCACGCAGAGGCCGAGGCCAAGCACCUGGUCCACGAGUCCGACACGAACAAAGACGGAGUCCUGACCAAGGAUGAGAUCGUGGACAAGUACGACCUGUUUGUGGGCAGCCAGGCCACCGACUUUGGAGAAGCCCUCACUCGGCACGACGAGUUCUAAAUUUGCAGCCGUCCGCAAAGACUUUGUGUCCACCACGCCUCGUUACUCCUUUUCUCAGUGGAUAUCACCGGUUUUUUUAAUAUAUAUACACACAGGUCAUCUAA